UCUCACGAGAAAGUCAGAUAGAUCGCUGUUUCUGGUCAAGACUAAUUCAAAUAAUCUGCGAAUACAAAGACUCAGAGAAGCAUCGAAGUUCUUUUAGAGUACCGAUUUUAGAAGCUGGGAUGAAGAAUUUUCCAAUUAACUUUAGCUUGUUUAAUGGCAGGUAUUGGAAAUUCCACAGUAAAAAGGAAGACAUAUUUAUUAGACAUCGAAGUGCAAUAAGCGGUCGACAAAUACAUAUAAGUUGUCCUUAAUUUAACAGGUUUGAGGAAUUAUAUGUGUAUCUGAAUUAAAUUGCACUGCAAAGAGAUUUGCAUCUUGCUCCGUUGCUGCGUCGCUGAAGGUUGAGUUUCAGAUUGUAACGGGCCGCUGUGUUCGCUGCUGGGGUUUGUUUGUUGGGGUAGGGCUAACUUAGCUAGAUAACUGUUUAUUCAAGUUCCACAAAGGUUAAUACGUCUGGAAAGUUUAACUGCUACGCUUUCUUGAACUGGUCUGUGCGACAUUGUUCGCUGGGUAGAUGUAUCUUGUGAGAUAAUUACUGUGUCAAUUAAUAUUGAUGGUGUAACCGAAAGGUCAGUGCUAGGCCAACUAUCUAGCUAACGUUACCACCAACCAACGUAAACCUUUAUUGUUUGGGGUCUGACAGUUAACUAGGUCGUGUUAGCUAUUCUAGGCAUAUCAGGUAACACAGAUCUGUCUACUUACCCUUAACCAUUGUCUUUUGACGUAUUGAAAAGAAAAAUGAAACUUUUAGAGAAUUCAAGUUUUGAAGCCAUCAAUUCCCAGCUCACUAUUGAGACAGGGGACUGUCAGAUCAUUGGACGAAUCGAGAGCUACUCUUGUAAAAUGGCAGGAGAGGACAAGCAGAUGUUCAAGCAGUUCUGUCAAGAGGGCCUUCCUCACGUUUUGGAGGCCCUGUCACCUCCUCAAACAGCAGGCAUUAGCCCCAAUAAGCUGAGCCACAGUCAGAGUGGAGAUGAAGGCGAAGGUCCACUAUCCGACAAGUGCAGCAGGAAAACACUCUUUUACCUGAUUGCCACCCUUAAUGAGUCCUUCCGCCCAGACUAUGAUUUUAGCCGGACCAAAGGGCACGACUUCAGCAGAGAGCCCAGCUUGAACUGGGUGUUUAAUGCUGUGAAUAGCAGUCUGUCUGCUGCAGCAGGAGAGGCCUAUAGCAGACUGCAGCCUCUCCUGUGGGAGGCCAUCGAUACAGAGAUCUGCCUCUCUGAGUGUGACAUUUACAGCUAUAACCCUGACUUGGACUCGGACCCUUACGGUGAGGAGGGCAACCUGUGGUCCUUCAACUACUUCUUUUACAACAAGAAGCUGAAGAGGAUCGUGUUCUUCACCUGCCGCUCAGUCAGUCUCUUCAUGGCUCCACGAGACUCUGGGAUCGGGAACGAUCUUGAUCUAGAGCUGGACGAGGACUAUGAGGAAGAGGAGAACAUAGAUGAGGAGAGGUGUGGAGCUGUGUGUGCACAGUGAGGAUGAGGAUGAGGCUAAAGCUGCCUUCUGCCUCCGCAGAUGAAGCCUAGAGUUGGGAAUGACGCCCCCCCCAUCCCAUCCCAUUCCUCUGCGCUUCCAUGCCUCAGGAUUUGGGUCACAACCCUGAGUGAUGCCCUCAUGAUUUCGUGUGAUUCCUCUGUGAGCCAGAGAUCUUCAAAGUGUGUGUGUGUGUCGGGGGAUACUGAUGUUUUAUCACCAGUUUGCAUACACACAGCUGUGUGCUGGGUGUUAUUAUUUUUUUAAGUUUAUAUCUGGCUUGUGUGUUACUAGACAAAACAAAAACAUUUGUUACAAUUCAAUAAGGGUGUUUAGGAAUAAAAGGGAGAUUGUGUCCACACUGACUUCUCACCUAGACUCCCAUGUUUAAUAGUGCAGAGUAAUUACAACAUGUAGUAUCAUAAGUCAGGGUGAGGACGUUCUAUGUUUGUUCUCUUUGACAGGCCCUUGUUUUCAUGUCCUGCACCUGACCCCAGUUCUGGGUGGGAUGUGCACAUUCCUCUUAAAGAAAUGGAUUUGGACACAUUUAGUCCAUGUUACAUUACUCCUUUAUCCCAUCUGUGUUAGACGAACUUCAGCAGUAUUGUUUUUGUUUUGUAUGUCAUCCAAACAUAAUAUUCUGGCCAUACCAAAGAUUUACGGAUCGGGUGGAACAGACGGUGUAGUUUUAUUAGACACCACAAGGGGGCACAAUUUACCAGCAACUGAAUUUGAUGAUCAAGCGACGCUUUGAGAUGACUGAUCAGAUUUCUUUUGGAGCAGCGGUAGUGUUUUUUCAACUAGUGUUUUUUUCUUUCAUGUCCGUUGUUUUUAUAUAUGCAUGUUCUGUUUCAAAUAUUACUGCAGUAAUAUCAUUUUGGAUGUUGUCUUUAACGACUUCGUUAUUUUCAGCACACUCUUGGGUGGAAAAGCAACAAAGAAACUGCAAACUGCAACUGAAAUUGCUGAAGGAUAUUCAGCUUAUCCAUACAAGAGAACCUGUAACGGUUAACCUGUUAGAACCUGUCAGAGUUCUCCUCUUAGGACAAGCUGGAUAAACCUUAAGGGUUACAGCCCCAGGUAGCAUCUUGUUUACAGCGUAUGCUUUCCACCUUGUGUCAGUGCUCACACCAAAGCCUCUUGCGUGCAGUCCGUAUUACCUAAUUCACAUAUCUUUUUAAAUAAAGUGUUUUUCUUUUAGGUGUGUUGCUUAUAGCUGUUAUGUUAAACGUAUAAAUGUUAUUCAUAUUGUUUGCAUACAGUGUUCAUAUGUUAAGUUUUUGCUGCAAGAGAGAGCUCCUGUAACUUAGUGAGUGGUAUUUGUUUUUCAAGUCUCUCACUAUGAUGAGAAUCUCUUGAUGCCCUCAAUUUCUGAUAUGUUUUCAUGUUUUCUUUUAUUCUAUUCCAAGUCCAAAAAAUCCCUACCCCCUGUGUCAGGUUGUGAAAAAGUUUGUUUUGAGCUGUAUACAGCUUAUGGUUGUUUUCUCUUGUUUUUCCCCAUAAUGUUAAUUCCAUUGAGACCCAAACAAGAGGGAUUGUCUGAUGUAAGACUGUUUGUCCAGUAUAGCUGCAAAACUGUGUUUUUUUUGUCAUAUUGGAAAAGUGUUUCAUCAUCUCCUUGUUUUGUUGUUUUUGUGUGUCUGUUUAUCAAUAGCCAUUAUGUUUUUUUUGUUAUCAUUAUAUUUAGCAAACAGAUGCUUUAGGCAACUGUUACAUCACAACAUGAAAACUUGGUUGUGUGCGUGUUUGGGAGAGUCAUCAUCUUUGUUGAUGCCUCUGAAAGGUUGCGGCUGGGGCGGCGUGCUGUCAGCAUCUUACCCCCUUCUUGUCAGCGUUUUAUCUUGAUUUGCGUUGCAAACAGCACAGCUCUCAGCGUAGCCAGCCUCUGUCUUAACAACCCUGUCAAGUAGUGUGAAUUGGGCAGUGGGCUGCAAGUUCCACCCUGACAAAAAAUGUGAUCAGCUUGUAGGCCAGGUGUGCAGCUAAACACAGUGUGUAGUAGGUUAGUGUAGGUGCUGGUCUCUUCAGUAUUUGAGUUCUGUGGUGUGGACAUACAUUCCCCUGAGUUAAUCGAGCGCCGUUGGCGUUUCGUUUUUAGUCACUCUUAGGCUCUGUGGCCCCGAGUGGGUGUUUGUGGAACAGGCGACCGUUGUCGCCCACCUCUCUCUGGAGAUUUGUCUGAAACGCUUCCUGACAGAAUGAAAAUAGCCAUUGCUGUUUUUGACCUUUUUCUUUUUUGGUUACUUCCAAAAUGUCCAAAAGCAAGAGGCUGGCAGCGUAUGUGUCACUGACAUGAUUUGGUGCUUUGGAAUUCCUCUGUUGUCAUCUGCGGUGAUGAGUGUUGGCAUCCCACAGAGAUUCUUGUGAUCUAGCAGGUAUUUGUGGAAGUGGGGGUUCUUUUUUAAACGCUACUGACAGACGUGUUCUGUUUGAUGUUAUCUAUGACGAACAGGCGAGAGUGAAGUCAAAGUACACAGAGUAGGAACGUUGAUUUUUAUUUUAGUCUCACUGCCUAAUAACUUAUAAUAAACUGACUCCAGAAGAGUACAGAACAGAACUCUUUCCUCCAAGGAAGAGAGAAUAAUUUUGUCUGGCAAAUGCAGUAUAAAAUUUGUUGCAGUCUCUUCAGAACAACACUGAACACCUCACACGAUACUGGCAGCUUUUGUGAAGUCUUAAAGAUUGUAUGUUUUUGUUCUGUAAUAAAGAAAUGUACUUUA